AUGGCACUAGGACUGGCCUUGUUUGUCAAUCCAAUUGCUGGGAGAUUCCAUGGUGAUCUCAGAAGGCCAUCACCUAAACAGAAGCAUGAUAGCAGACGCGACCUUUUCCGCGGCUUGGAUAGGACUUUGGAUAACCGUGAUCUGAAUCAGAUUCGCAGAACUUCUGAGGUUACAUCUUGCAUCGAAUCAAACUUUACCAAAAUUCAUGCGCCACGAGAGAACAUUUGGGCUGGUCUCACGGAUUCUGAAGCUGCAAGUCUUUUGAAAUGGUUGUUUAGUCAAUCGGAUUUGAAUUUGACCACCACUUCGUCCGCAGGGGACUGGGACAAUUCAAUUGAACUUGUUGAGCUCAUGCAGCCGAACAAAACUAGUUCGCUCGAUUUUAUCGAUCAUGGCGCCAUAGCCCCUCCUCGGUAUGCUCAUGUGGUAAUUGAUCAUCGAGCCACAGUUGAGCCAUACUAUGCCGAUAUUAUAGUCGGUCCAUUUCCAAUUGUGAAUGGGACCACCAAGUGGGUGCCUCUUGAGUAUCCAUACACCCGCAAAACUCAAGGAAGAGUCCGAAACAUCGACGCGGACUCUAGCACUCUUUACAGUUAUUGGCUGCAAAAGAUCUCUGCCUCGAUAUCUGAUAUUACUCUCGGGCUUUGGAAUGCAACAUAUAUGGGCUUGGACAAUGACACCAUCAGCCUAUGGGGAAUAGACCCCUUAGACCAGUCAGACGGUCAUAUUAGACGAUGGGAUCAAUUCUGGAAUGACCCAACCAGUGACUUUGACGACUCGACACUCCUUCCCUUAGGGCUAUAUGUACACUCAGAUGUUACUGGCCGAGAUCCUUCGAAAUGGAAGAUUUUGGGCUGGCUAUACAACAAUAUUUUCUACGCAACAACUGACGAAUUCCGGAUGGCUUUCUACAGUCCAGGUUUUGAAAGACUCGGACAGAACAACGAUGGCAAAUGGGCACAGAGUGACCAGCGGGGGAAAGAAUUGCCGCACGAUCGAUCUUAUCCUCCAGUUUCUGUUUCACCCUCAGGGUCACGAUUCGGAGUGGAUUUCGAUCAAAAAUAUGUCGAAUGGAUGGACUUUUCGUUCUACAUUAGCUUUGCUCACGACACUGGGAUGGCCCUUCGUGACAUACGAUACAAGGGUAAGCGAAUACUUUAUGAACUGGGUUUGCAGGAAGCCAUGGCCCACUAUGCGGGAAAUGACCCUGUCCAAUCAAUGACUUCGUAUCUUGAUACAUACUACGGUUUUGGGCCAUAUGCGUUUGAGCUAGCAGCGGGAUACGACUGUCCAGCGUACGCGACCUAUCUCAACAGCUCUUUCUACGAAGAUGAAUCUACACACACACAUAUCAACAGCAUCUGUUUGUUUGAAUAUGACGCAGAUUAUCCCAUGCAGCGGCACAGUAGCUCCAAUUAUGUUUCCGUCACCAAGAAUAUCUACUUUACCGUCCGCUCAGUGUCCACUGUCGGAAACUAUGACUAUAUGUUCAGCUACUCUUUCUACAUGGAUGGAUCCAUCGGUGUCGAAGUAAGGGCCUCUGGAUACAUUCAGUCAGCCUAUUAUGCCCAUAACGAAGAUUUUGGUUACAAAGUGCACGAGGCUCUCUCUGGGUCUAUGCAUGACCACGUUCUAAACUUCAAGGCUGAUUUCGAUAUUUUGGGAGUUAACAAUACCAUGGAACUGGUUCAUCAAGUACCCACUACUCAAAGCUUUGCGUGGUCCAACACCCCUCGCAACACCAUGAAACUCACGCGUUCCCAUGUCAAGAGCGAGGACGAGAGCCGAUUCAACUGGGCUGUCAACUCUGCCACCCAAGUGAAGGUGAUUAACAUGGAUGAGACGACCCCCUAUGGCGAGUAUAGGGGAUAUCGUAUCCUACCAUCAACAGGAACUAUUCACCUCACGGUUGAAAACUCGACCAAUCUUCGCAACGCCGGGCAGUGGGCUGGCCACGACAUUCAAGUUACUCAGCAUCACGACACAGAGCCGCGAUCCGCCCAUCCCAAGAAUAGUCAAGAUGUGGAGAAUCCACCGAUAAAUUUCGACGAGUUUUUUAAUGGUGAGGAUCUCGUGCAGAAAGAUCUGGUUGUCUGGUUGAAUCUUGGCAUGCACCAUGUCCCGCACACGGGCGACCUGCCCAACACCGUAUUUACAACCGCUCAUUCGGGCGUGCACUUUAUGCCGCUGAAUUACUUACUUGGUGAUCCAAGUCGGGAAACAGUCAACAUGGUCAGGAUUGAUUAUGAUGAUGGCAACGUAUCAGCAGUACACACUUUUGGACAGCACGAUGAUAAAUGCGAAUUGGAUUUUAAGCCAGCAGAAUUUAGCUUGUGGGACUACGUCGGAGAUGUUGUGGUGAGAAAGUUCCCUUACGAUCCAAACGACCCAUAUGAUGAGACGGAUAGCAUUGCAUGA